AUGGGUGUGAGCUACAUCGUAUUGGUGACGUACCACUGUGAGGCUUUGGUUAUCACAGGGUAUCGGUUGCUUGAGGGUGACGACACUAACCGGAUGGAUGCUAAAGGCAAAGGCGUGGAUGAAGGAGGAGAAAGCGAAUUGGGAGCUUCCAGUGGGGAUAAGAUUGACACCUCUCGUUUGUUACAAGGAAUAGCUCGUCAGAGCAUAUUCCCUCCCAAAUUCCCUGUGCACUGUUCGUUCGUCUUCUAUUCUUCUCGCCCCUCCCCAACCGGGGUCUGCGCGACUCCCCUCUCAAUAAUCCCCACUGUGGCUCCUGAAAUCCCUAACCGCCGCCUGCGACAGCCUCCAGUGCAAGCGCCGCCCCAUGCGACCGCUGCUCGUGCCUUAGCCACCUGUAGCACCGCCCGGCAACCUCUGCUCGUGCAAGCGCUGCCUGCAAUCGCUGCCUGUCCAAGCCCCACCUGGAACCACUGCACCUCCGGUGUUCCAGUUAGACGAGCAGAUUAGGCUCGCAGGUAGAGGGGCUUUGGUAUCGUCCUAUCAGAAGAGUGAGUAUUUGGGGUGGAGAGUAUUUUUGUAUAGCCUUAUUCAGUUAUAUACUUGAGAACAUGGAAUGAGCUAGAACUCUGGUAUUGUAUUGUAUAUAUAUGGUUAUGGUUAUAUAAUUUCAUCUUCUCAC